CUUUUAGGUACCAGCCUAGCGACAUUUGAAAAUCCGAGCUGGCAACCCUGCCAAGGGCGACAACAGUGAAAGCAAAGCUUUUAUAAUACACAUCACAACCUCCUGCGGUUUGCAGAAGCUUCUCAUCAGUUAUCCAAGAUGAUGGAUUGGUUCUAUGUGGCAGCAGCAGCUGUUGUUGUACUGCAGCUGUUGAUCGGUUGCUUCACAUUUUACUGCAGCAUCUUAUUGAUGAGCUUCUUAGCAUUUAUUAGGUACAUCUAUAUCCCAGCAGACUGUGACUUUCUUCUUUGGUUUAUUGAACGUUUUGGUCAUCCAAUAGAAUGCCUGAAGGGACGUGUUGUGUGGAUCACUGGGGCUUCCAGUGGAAUUGGCAGAGCCCUGGCCAUUAGAUUAGCCCAAGCUGGCGUCAGGAUUGCUCUUUCUGCUCGGUCAGUGGAAGCUCUUAACCAGGUUAAACAAAUCUGCAUUGCAAUUUGGACAAGAGCGCAUUGGCAAAAGAAUGUCUGCUGAGCGCUGUGCUCAUCUAUAUGCUGUGGCCAUCGCAAAUAGACUGACAGAAGCUUGGAUGACUGGCCAACCAAUCCUCACCAUCAUGCAUUUGAACCACUAUUUGCCAUUUUUACUAAAAAUGGCCAUGAAGCGCAUUCCACUGAAAUUCAUAAUGAAAUUACGAGAUGGCCAAGAUACUUCUGUGGCAGUCACUGGUGUGGACAAGAAACAUUUGUAGAUGAGGAGAACAUAAGUUCCACUACCUGGAGGCUCACCAGUGUUCAUUGAAUUACAAAAUGAUAAGCUUCAGCCGAGACAAAGUGUCCAUUAUGUAUUACAUUUAGAUCACAAAAUGUGGCUCGUGUGUACAUAUUUUACAAUACAUUUUUAAAUCUA